CCCCCCUCCUAUACUCAACAGACGCAUCCAGAGGGUCAUUGAGACUUGGAAAAGAGGUUGGAUAAAGAUUCGUAAAGCGUCUCUUUUUUUUCUCUCCCUUUUUUCCUCGCGCCGACAUUCGAUAUACUUGGAUCAAUCACAAGCUUUCAUAAAGCGACCCGACAUGCCAGAGACGCCGAAAAGGUCCCGCUUCGGGGCCUGGUUUGGGAGAGAGAAGCAAUCAGGGGACCAGGACGGAGGAGCCACCAGGACUGGCCCCCCGAAAUGGAGCCUAGGCGUCCUCAACGACCCGGAAACCAUCGAAGUUCCAGGCUCCGUCCUGCUAUUAGCCAAUGACCGCAAUGAACCCCUGGGCCUUCAGAAUGCCCCGGCCCGGACUUCCCACUCCUCAAUCCCGGCAGGCUUCGUACUGGAUCCCAGUUGUACGCCGCGAGGUCGUCGCUCUUCCUGCCACGGCAGACCCCCGGUGGAGGACAAGAAGAAAACCAAGGACGGUACGAUCAUCCUAGACCCUCAGCCAGAGGACUCGGAGAAUGAUCCUCUCAACUGGCCCACCUUGCGACGAGAUGCUGCCUUGCUCUCCUUGGGAUUCUACUGCCUGAUAGGUGGCGGCAUCACCCCGAUCCUUGCCGCGGGCUUCUAUGAUGUUGCCGACGAUUACGGCAUCAGUGUCGAGGACGUUUCGUUGACAACCGGCCUGUUCAUGAUGGGCAUGGGCGUCGGCUCGGUCAUUGCGUCCCCCACGGCUAUCCUGUACGGUAAACGUCCAGUGUACCUGGUCAGCGCCAUUCUUUUCAUGAUCGCAUCCGUAUGGUGUGCUCUCUCUCCCACUUUCGGCUCCCUCGUUGCGGCCCGGGUCUUUCAGGGUAUGGCCAUCAGCCCUGUUGAAUGUCUGCCUUCGGCCACUAUUGCCGAGAUCUACUUCCUGCAUGAGAGAGCAUUCCGCAUCGGCAUAUAUACUUUGCUCCUGCUUGGCGGAAAGAACCUUAUCCCACUCGUUAGCGCGGGCAUUAUCGAGGGCCUCGGAUGGCGAUGGGUUUUCUGGAUCGUCACCAUCAUCGUGGCUUUGGGUUUCGGUCUCUUGUACUUCCUCGUUCCGGAAACGUUCUGGGAUCGAACCCCACAGGCGAGGUCGAGAAGACCGUCUUUGCGACCGGGCUUACUUCGGAGGUUCUCGUCUGUGUCUCGCACCGCCGAUCAGCGUCCCCCAACCACUGCCGGCGGGGGACAGGGUACGGCUACCGCAGCGUCCCUGACCGCCGCUGGUCCGACGCCACCUAGAAAAGCUCAUGUCGAGUUUGCCCCCGACCCUGGCCGACACGAGAAGCAGUCUUCGUCGACAACAGACGAAAAUUCCGACGUUGGACCGAAUCCUGCGAGCCCUCCCGCGGCGUCAGCUGAUCCGACUUCAGUCGGCGUCGUCCAGCCUCCGGAGAGUGCUGCCGUCUCACCCGGUACGCAUGCUGUCGAGCCGCACGAUGGGCAUCGCGCCCCUCAAGAGUCCCGUCCGAGUUCGGACUACUUUGCCAGAGCGCCCAAUGUCGACAGCGAAAAACUGAAAUUGCCCGAGUUCGACCUGAGAGGCCCGCCGAAGGUCAAGGCUUAUACUCAGAAGCUUCGCCACAAGCCGGCCAAGUCCUUCACAGAACAAAUCAGGCCUUGGAAUGGUCGCCUCUGCCACGACAGCUGGUUCAAGGUCAUGCUCCGUCCUUUCAUCCUCUUCGCGUACCCGCCCAUCCUCUGGUCCACCGUCAUCUACUCGUGCUCCGUCGGCUGGCUCAUCGUGGUGGGCAACACCAUGAGUAUGAUCUUCCGGACGCGCGACGCCUACAACUUCAACGCCAUCCAGACGGGCCUCGUCUACCUGUCUCCUUUCAUCGGCGGUAUUCUGGGUACGGCUGUGGCGGGCAAGGCGAGCGACAUCAUCGUCAAGGCCAUGGCGCGCCGCAACGGCGGCCUGUAUGAGCCCGAGUUCCGCCUCGUCAUGGCCGGCCCUGUGCUCAUCACCACCGUCAUCGGGUUGAUGGGCUUCGGGUGGUCCGCCGAGGCUGGCAACCACUGGAUGGUGCCGACCUUCUUCUUCGGCGUCAUCUCUUUCGGCUGCACCCUCGGCUCCACCACGUCCAUCACGUUCGCCGUCGACAGCUACCGCCAGUACGCCGGCGAGGCCCUUGUCACUCUCAAUUUCAGCAAGAACAUCUUGCAUGGCCUGGUGUUCAGCUUGUUCGUCACCCACUGGAUGGCCGACGACGGACCCAGGACCAUGUACAUCUGGCUAGGCGUCAUCCAGCUCAUCAUGUGCCUCUUUUCGAUUCCCAUGUAUAUUUAUGGGAAGAGGGCUCGCAUGUGGACCGUCCGCAAGAAUCUGAUGGAGAAGUUUUGAUGAGCUUCUGUACUGCACUUGCUGCUGUCUAUCUUCCUGCCUCCUGCUUUUGCCGAUAUCCAUCGUUGACCACAGUUUGACUACAGUUUGGAUUCUUGUUCAUUUCCUUGUCGGGGUCUGGAUUAUCUUCAUAUACAUCGCAUGGUUGCCAACUUGCAUUGUGAUUCGGGCGUCACUCAUUCCAUACUAUCUUUAUCCUGUCUAUUCAUCUCAGC